CCAAUCUGGUCUACGUCGGAAUUGUCCGCCGCGUUGACACCCCAAAUGGCGCGCCCUUCAAACUCGGGAUGCGAGAUGUCAACGCCUGAGUCGACAGAAUAAACGGUCACAUUUUCUCCGGCUGAAGAAUCAUACACGUAAUCCAUUCUGCCCCGCGAUGUGUGCGAAAUUCGACCGAGGCCCCACGAAGGAGCGUUGUCUUGUGUUACCCAGCCAAAUGCUCUGAAAGUACGCUGGGGUUCGAUAUAAUUCACCUGGAAACUAUCAGCUAAAAUACAAUAUACCUUAGCAGAAGGGUCGCAGCUCGCUUACCCUAGGAUCGUCAAGGAUACUCUGUAUCGUUUUGUUGUCGAAUUUACCGCUGUAUGCUUGCCAUCCGUUGAUAUUAUACUUAAACUUCACACCGUCAGCUGUGUUGUCAAAAUCCCGUUUUAACGCGUUCGCCUUUUGAACUUUCGCCAUAGACUUCACAUGGGAUUCAAAGUCAAGACCUGAUAGUCCAUCGUUCAUUACAACAACAUAGGAACCAGGAACGGCGUCUUUCUGGCCAUCGAGGUUCAAGAGUUGAGCUGCCUGGACAACAGCCAAUGCAGCCAAAAAGCUGACUACCACGUUGAUGCGAGCCAUGAUUUUCACUCCACCAUAGUCGGUAUCAAAGUAAAAUUGUUAAGUUUUCCGGAGGUACAGGACGGCCAUUUAUGUCAACUGUCCUUGAGGGGUAUAUACUUAUGUGUCCUAAUACUUCUACCUCCGAAAUGAUGGUGUGGCCUACGAAAUUGGUAUGGGACGAUGCAUACAUAUUGACUCCGAUACUAUUGAUGUUGCUCGGAUGCUGUUUCCAUUUGCAUUCCGGUCUCGCACACUUGCAUGAUGUGCAUCAACACAGGAGGAUUCGGAACGUAAAGAAUCAGCAUGCUCAUUUUGCGCAUACGUCAGCCAGCCGGUUCAUGGUGAUGCCGGGUCUGAGAAGAAAGCGUGGUUGGCUCCCCGCAAGAGACACCUCAGAAGCCGUGUAAUUCAAUCCACAUAAACAAGCGUUGUGACCAGUAUCCUUCUAGUGCACGGAUAGGUAAUGGAGCAGGUCCGGGAACGAUGGUAGGAAUCGACGUCAGCAAUACUACAUCCGAAUAUGUAGUGUAACCACACAUGCGGAUGAAGUAUAGACUCAAGAAUCAGCUUAAGGGAAUUUGACAACAUCUGUGCCGUUUUCGUGUCAUUUCUACCAUCCGCGAUUCAAGUUUGAUAUGACUGCAGCUCAUACGCGGCAUUUCUCUUGACCAUGGGUUCCCGCAGGAGAUGGGGAGCUACAUGCACAUGAAAUGCAACCAGUUGGCCGCACAACCGAGGUGUCUUGCUUCGAGAACAAAUAGAGAAACUCCCAUACUCAAUACUUCGUACA